UUGAACAAAAUUGACGUCACGCAAGUAGUAUUAACGCCAUUUUGUAAGUGUCUACCAAAGUCAGUAUUUCUAGACACAGUGUAAUUUAUAAAAUUCGCAUGGUUUUGUGUAUAAUAUUUAGUUAAAAACAUCUUAAAAACCGAGUUAACGUCUUAGGCGUUAAUUUCAAACAGUUUAAAUAUGGAGGACAAGGCGUCAUUAAAAGAACUGGAUCAAUGGAUAGAACAGCUAAAUGAAUGCAAGCAAUUGACAGAAAACCAAGUGAAAACGUUAUGCGAUAAGGCAAAAGAGAUUCUAACAAAAGAGUCCAAUGUGCAAGAAGUGAAUUGCCCAGUGACCGUUUGUGGAGAUGUCCACGGUCAGUUCCACGAUCUCAUGGAGCUGUUCCGCAUUGGUGGUCGCUCCCCCGACACCAACUACCUGUUUAUGGGCGAUUACGUGGAUCGUGGAUACUACAGUGUUGAGACUGUCACAUUGCUCGUUGCCCUAAAGGUUAGGUACCGCGAGAGAAUAACAAUUCUUCGUGGCAACCACGAAUCCCGUCAGAUCACUCAAGUGUACGGAUUCUACGACGAAUGCCUUCGCAAAUACGGAAAUGCGUCCGUUUGGAAACACUUCACCGAUUUAUUCGAUUUUCUGCCGCUCACGGCGUUAGUGGACGGACAGAUAUUCUGUCUCCAUGGAGGUCUCAGUCCCUCAAUCGAUACAUUGGAUCACAUUCGCGCCCUCGAUCGCGUACAGGAGGUGCCCCAUGAAGGACCCAUGUGCGAUCUCCUAUGGAGUGACCCUGAUGAUAGAGGCGGAUGGGGAAUAUCUCCCCGUGGCGCGGGCUACACGUUCGGUCAAGAUAUAUCCGAGACGUUCAACCACAGCAAUGGGCUGACGCUGGUGUCCCGCGCUCACCAGCUCGUGAUGGAGGGAUACAAUUGGUGCCACGAUCGCAAUGUUGUCACCAUUUUCUCGGCGCCGAACUAUUGCUACAGGUGCGGGAACCAAGCCGCCAUAAUGGAAUUGGAUGAUGCGCUUAAGUACUCGUUCCUGCAAUUCGAUCCGGCCCCGAGACGCGGCGAGCCUCAUGUAACGAGGCGGACGCCUGAUUAUUUUAUGUAGGCUACCUUGAAGCCGUAUUUCCAGCAGAAGUGGUACAAGAUCGCAGCCACAUUGUCGUCCGAACGCCCCCGCAAACGAUUUCUUUACCCCAUACCCCAAAAUACCUCAACCGGGUCCCUUGCCCCAAGCUCGGCCGUCUAUGGGUUCAAAACACCUUCAAUCUCAUAUUUUAUUCGUCAAUUUUACCAAAAUAUUUAUGUAAUUUUUUUAUCCUCAGAAAAUUUUUAUUUACCUUCAAAAAUGUUUUCAGGAUUUUUUUAUACCAUUAUCUUGUUUUCUAAAAACUUGUUUAAACCAAUUGAAAAUACAAAAAUUAUUAUAACAUGCUCCGUUUCAUUUAAUGUUACGUUCAGAAUUGUUGUCUGCUAAAAGGUCACGUGUUUUCUUUAUUUUCAAUACCAAACAGCUGUGCCGUUAUUUCCAAAUAUUUGUAAUAGGGCCAAAGAAAACUAUGGUUUAAAUAUACCAUAAUGAAGCUUUUUAGUAUCAUUUUCGGACAAAUAGACUCCGAAAGGAUCUCUGUAAAAUUUCUUUUUUUUUCUUUGUCUUUAUUUCUUUCGAUCGGUAUUGCGUUAUAAGGAACACACAUAAUCUUUUGUCUUUGAAAUGUCAUAGACUAAAUUGUACUAAUCGCGUGCAGUAAACAAUAUGGCGGGGGUGAUUGUAAUUUACCAGUGCGUAGCUUAGACUUGCCUUGUUAUGCUGGUAUGUUCAUUCAAUUUUAUACACGGACGGACAACGCGACAAUUGUAUGUAUUAUUUAUGUAUCAAAUACAAGUUAGAACUCAUUAAAAACAUUUUAUAAAACUGAGUUUCAUUUCAAUCUAUGGACAUACCACCAUAUAAAGGGUGGUUAAAGUACUAGUGUGGAAAUUGUAUUUAAAAAAAUAAUGUAUCGGUCGUACGCUUCACAAUAUGGCGUACGUACGUUAUUAAGCAUUUAAUUUGACGUAUACGCUGAUUAAGUUAAUAAUCAAAUUUGCAUACGCAUUGUCCCCCGAAAUAUGCAUUUCUUUUGGUACCUGUUUGAAAGCUUGGAGCUUUUCAGUUUCGUAUAUGUACAUACCUAAAGAUCAAGUUGUAGGUUGUUAUAGUGUAAGCUCGGUAUUAAACGCGGACAUAGAAUUUUAUAUGAAUAGAUCGUAAUGGGCGAUCGAAUCUGGCAGAUGCGAAGUUCUGUCAGUGCCAUUAUAUGAAUUAGCGAUCUUCAAAUCUGCACUAGGAGCGUGUGUAAACAAAGAUAUUCCCACCAAUCGGACGCCACACGUUUCUUUCAUAAGUAUUAAGUUAAGUUAGGUAAAUAAAUAAAAAAGAACAAAAAAAUCUUCGAGUUACUGUGAGUCGCAAUUGUAGCUCGGUUCGUAUAAGGCUUUCAUGGCAAACGCUGAGAUGUAUUGAGCGAAUGAGUGCAAUGUUGCAAAUUGAUAAAUUUACUAAAAUUAUACAGUGUUGGCAAUAAUGUCGGAUUAAAACAGUUUAUUCUUACAACUCUGUACUAUGACCGUAAAUAGGAAUUAGAUAAUAAAUAAAAUUAAUUAUA